AUGCAAAACGCAGAUACAAACGCGGAUCACACCGCUCCUCGGCUCAAUCGGCGAUCGUGCUUGUCUUGCUAUGAGCGCAAGAUCAAGUGUGAUCGCCGCGAACCAUGUUCUAAUUGCUCCAAGUCCAACGAGCGAUGUGAUUAUCCGCGAUCUCGUAUCCGUCGGAACCGGCCCCGACGUCAGGAUCCAAGUGAUUCAGCUCUUGCAGACCGAACAACAAACGGCCGAAGAAGGCCCGGCAGGGACGACCGCGCCGACAUUAUAUUUGUCAAAGUCGCACCGGUUGUUAUCAAAGAGAACGGCUAUCUUGUUGCGGACCAUUCCGGCAAAAGCAGAUUCUUGGCGAGUGAUGCGUGGGCUAAUGUCAAAACUGAGGAGAGUAACUUCACAGAUGUGCUGCUGGGAGAUGGCGAUCGCGCUUCUACAGUAUCGGGACCGUCGCACAUGUACUUAUUUCCGCUAGCAGGUAACAGUAUUCCAGGGACGCAGUCAUGGACGCCAGAAGACCGUGCCUACAGAAGGCCAUGGGUGCCUACCCCGAUUGAACUGGAGACAUGUUGGCACAUCUUUCUUGAGAACGUGGACCCAGUGGUUCGGAUUCUUCACAAACCGACUAUCCGGAACCUGCUGGACGAGGCUCAACAGAAAGGACUGGAAGGCCUCCCGAAGCCUUCAAUCGCUUUACUUCUCGCUAUCUGCUUCUGUGCUAUGGUGACACUGGACCCAUGGCGGUCAAGGGCCCUUUUCAAUGCCGACGGUAAUGAAGCGAUGCAACAUUGUAAACAUGCUGUUGAACAUGCAAUGGCAGAGGCGCAGCUUAUACAGACGCGUGACAUCCAAGUGCUUCAAGCAUUUACUCUGUUCUUGACGUGUGUUCAGCGGAAGAACUCGCAGCCCGUGUGGACACUGAUCGGCCUGGCCAUUCGUAUUGCGACGUCACUGGGGUUGCACCAGGAAAGCGUUAAUUUCGGCCUCUCUCCGUUUGAGAUUGAGAUGCGUCGGCGACUAUGGUGGCAGCUUCACUUGUUGGAUAUGCGUGCCUCCGAAGAUUGCAGCUACGGGGGAGUCACGAGUAUCUUCUACGAAUCCAACACCCGUUUGCCGCUGAACAUCAAUGAUUCCGACCUGGACUCAAGUGCAACGGCGCCGCCCACGGAACGCGAGGGGCUGACGGAGAUGUCGUUUAGUCUCCUACGCUAUGAUGUCUGUUCCGCUACCAUGCGUAUGCGGAAGCUGCAUUAUCCAGACGCUACCUCGGACGAUGCCGUCGAAGGUUUGUCGUCUUCAGCUUCUUCGUUCAGGAAGAAGGAAGCGUUGAUCGAAGAGCUGUCCUCCUAUGUCCACCAGCGGUACCUUCAAUACUUUGCCUCUAACCCACAGUCGCCUUUGUGUGCGUUAGCCGCGGAGACGGGCAAGUUGGUUCUCACGAAGACGCGGCUCGUAGCUCAUCACAAGCUUCUGCAGCAGUUAGCAGGUCCUGGGAGUCGGGACUCGAGCCCUGGUCAUAUGGACGCAACGAUCCAAGUGCCUGAUUUCUUUCCUGAUUCCUUCCUGGAAGAUUUAUUUAUCUCGUCUGUGUCCCUGCUGGAGUCGCAGGUGCGUCUCUCGUCGGACUCCCAGUUUGCACAGUGGCGUUGGCUCCUUGGAUUCUAUAACCAGUGGCACGCAACGUCGUUCAUUCUGUCACAGCUCUGUAUCCGACUGGAAGCGUUGCGAAACACAACCACAGCAUGUUCUCCAUCCGUCCUGGAGAAACUCGGACGUGCCUGGCGAGCCGUCGAGGCAACCUUUGCCAUGUAUCAGAAGCAAGAUGAUGCGUACGACCCGGAUGGAUCUAGCAGGAGCGCGCGUUGGGGCCCUCUCGAAUUCCUGCGGCAGAAAGUCGAGCAGAAAUUGACCAUAGCAGGCUUCGACGGCGUCUGGAGCCCCAACCGCGAAAGCUUGAAUUCCUAUAGUUUGUCGACCAUGCCCCCCAUGGAAUGCACUGGGGACGAUCUCGCGUAUAAUACUUGUAGCGCGGACGUCUUCAAUACGUUAGGCUUAUUCACGCUAGAUCUCUAA